AUGAAAAGACUCGUCGUGCUUCUCCUUCCGCUCAUCCUACUCGCUGUGAUGAUCCGAUGGAGUCAUCAAGGAUCUUCUAUACAGCAACCACUUCAUCAUCAAAAAACAUUUACAGUAAAACCUGGACUGGAAAAUUAUCAAGCAACUGUUGGAUUGGAUGGUGUUACUUGCUCCUUUAAAUUUUCUACAAAAUCAUGUUCCGAAUCGGAAGAUGACAAAACAAAGAAUGAAGACAAGAAAAAGCUCUCCUAUGAAGAAGUACUCACAAGAUUACCAAAAGGAACUUGUCUCAAUAAGGUUGAGGGUUAUUGGACCUAUUCUUAUUGUGCAGAAGGAAAAAUUAAACAAUCACACGGAAAUGAUGUCUAUCAUCUCGGAACCUUUUCUUCAUACAAGAAGGAUAGAGCACUGUUUACGAAUGGACAAAUUUGUGAAUUGGAUGGUAAGAAAUUUGAAAGAUCCACCCAGGUCAUUUUCAUGUGUGGAGAAUCGACAGAGAUUGUUGGAAUUCGUGAGCCUACUCCCUGUCGAUAUGAAAUGAUUGUGACUGAGCCCAAGUUGUGUGGAGAGGAUUCACCCUUCCCUGUGUAUCAUCAUGAAACAAGUACCUCCUCAAUUACCAUUGCCUCUAUUUAUGAUCAUUUUGAAAUUAAGAUUGAAAAGACACUCUUCCAAAAAGAAUAUCUUUGUACCGUACAGGCAAUAUUGAGAGAUUUGAAACCAAAUCCAACUACAUGUUUCAAAUCGUUUUCCAUGUCCCUCGAUAAAAAGCCAAAGAGCAAAUCAGCACCCCUCAGCGCUCGUGCCAUGCACCAUGGCAGAGUUCCAUUCAGAGAUACUGAGCUUAAACAUACUAGAGAUGGUCAAGAAGUGAAAAGUACAAAGCAUUUUGAUGGCUCUUUGGAUUAUAUUCAAGUCAAAUAA